CCUCAUCAGGCAUGGAAGUCUUGUGUGAUGGUUUGUUUUGACACGUGAUUUUUGUUUCAGUUAAAAUGAGCUCCCAAAAAGGCAAUGUGUCAAGGUCCCGUGGCCAAAAGCAUCAGAACUCGGUAGCUUUCAAAAACGACAAGUAUGGAGCGACUGUGCAACUGAAGAAGGCGAUUUCGAAGGUCCACGACGGCCUCUGUCAACGCUGCAAAAGUGUUGUCGAGUGGAAAGUCAAAUACAACAAAUACAAACCACUGACCCAAGCUAAAAAAUGUGUCAAGUGCUCACAGAAGAGUGUGAAGGAUGCGUACCACGUGAUUUGCAGGCCCUGUUCAUUGCAGCUGGAGAUUUGCUGCAAGUGUGGAGAGAAGAAGGAUAUUGUUAUCUCAAUAAAAUCUGAUCAAGACAAUCCAGAAGAGGACCAACAGAAAUGCAAAAGACCCCACAGGAAGAAGGAUGGGCUCGACCGUGAUGAAGAUGAUGAGGAUGAUUUCAAUUGUGACGACUUCAGUGAACCGGAGGAAGAGGAAGAUGAUGCUGAGCAUUCUAAAAAUGGACCCAACAUUUCUGCAGCAACUCUCAGCGUGUCCGAACUUGACAUCAAGAGUUGAACCUUGGCCAUCACCACGCGGUUCUCUUUUCUGUCAGCUCUACUUCCUUUGACUCGGUGUGUUUUGUCAUAUGAAUGUGACUUGUCAUGAGGCAUUGACCAUCUAAUCCACAUGCAGAGUAUUGCUAGGAUGGUGCAUUAGUCAUUGAUAUCAUGAGCAUAACCUUUGGUUGGAUAACUGUCGUCAGACUGCACCGAUUGAUUGGCCUCAGACAAACUAAAAAAUGAUUGCAUAACAACAACAUGACAAAGGCUCUAAUGUUCCAUUCUCAGUCAAUUAAAUCGGGCGUAAAUGCAGAUUAUGAUGUUUAGUCAUAAGCUUAUAAAGUUUUAAGUGAAACAACAAAAAAGAUUUGAAUGCCAGAAUUUAUCUGAGGAAUAUAUGAGUGGUCUAUACAAGGUCUUCAUAAAGUAUCUUAACCAUUUAAAAAAUGUUGUUCCGUUGUACUCUGUGGUUGUCAAGGUCUUUAACCACAUUGCUGAAGGAAGGCGACACAUAAAGUCAGAAAAUAGCUAUGUAAUAAAAUGUUUCUUACAGUGUCA